AUGAAGAUCACACAGAUAUUAAUCCUGUCAUGUUUGACAAUAGAGCUGGUGCUAGGAGGAAGAUCAUCCACGUGGAGUCUAUGUCAUUGUAGCUUUAAUUCCUGGCAGAGUUGGAGUCAGUGUACUGCAAAAUGUGGAGGCGGAUCUCAAAGGCGGGAACGAAUGGUGUACCUUCAUACAACACUGCAAUGUCAAACCUUCGAAGAUUGCGCUUCGAAUGAUAUGGGGUUCGACUAUCGAGACUGUAACACAAUUUGUUAUAACGGCGGUACGAUGGAGGUUACUUGUGGAGACCCUGGACGUCUAACAAAUGGACAAAGGCACGGCGACUCGUUUGACUACAGUGAUACUGUUACCUACACGUGCUCACCUUUGUACAACAUGACACAAGGGACGAGCGUGAGGACAUGCAACAAGUAUGGUAGAUGGACAGGGUACAUGCCACGCUGCAUUUACGCUCACACCUGUCUUAGUAACCCCUGUCAAAAUGGAGGAACAUGUGUGGAUGGUUUGGAUAGCUAUGUCUGCCAGUGUUUACCAGGCUGGAGCGGAAUCAAUUGUGAACAAGACAUACAACCACCAGUCAUGACGGACUGCCCUACCAACAUGAACCUUUUUGUGUCUAAACCCACUGUCAGCAUUAACUGGUCUAUUCCAAUAUUUACGGAUCCCAUGGGAACAGACCUAAAGGUGACGAAUAACUACCCAAUUAACCACUGGAGUUUCCAUUGGGGAGACUUUACGGUGCAGUACUCAGCACUCAAAAGAACGAAUGGUCUGAGCACAGAAUGCAUAUUUAAUAUUACAAUCCGACCACAUCCAUGUCCGACCCUGAACGUUCCAUCUGGUGGUGCAAAGGUUUGUAACGGUUGGAAGAGCGACUUUGGGCAAUACUGCAUGGUAUUUUGUGAUAUCAACCAUGACGUCUAUCCAGGUAUUGAUGCCAAUCAAUGGUAUGUCUGCGGAGCAAGCGGUGAAUGGAAACCGAGUGCUAAACUUCCAGGCUGUGGAGCUUCAGUUUCCCUGUCCGGACCACCUGACACCAACGUUCACUUCGGGUCAUGUAGUAGUGCUAGUGAUAUAGGUUUACUACAGGACAAAUUCAUUGAAAGACUGAAGAACUCGCAUUAUUCGUACUUCUGCAAUGUUUACAAAGACUUGUGUACAGGUCAAAACGUCGAUGUCAUUUGUUCAUGA